AUGGUGCUCGAUUUUGAAUACGGUAUUAAUACAGGAAAUCGUUUCCUUGAUUUAGUUGAUCAUGAUGAAGAUCCUGAUGAAUUUAUUGCUAACCAAACACACUCAGAAGAAAAACCAAAAAAAUCUUCAAAAGAAAGUAAAUCAGUAAAAAAUAAAGCAACUAAUAAAACAACAGCACCAACACCUAGUGCUACUUUAACUACAAAACCUGCUAGUGCUAAUGUAGCAAAAACAAAUAAAGAAAAUUUAACUGGUAAAUCAAUAAAUACUGAUCAACGACGACAACAACAACAACAACAAUCUAAUGUUUUGAAUGAUAAUAACAAUCAACAAAUACGUGUUGAUAGUGGUCGAGGUGGUCGUGGCUAUUCAAGACGAGGUGGUAGUGCUGGUCAAGAUCGACCUCCAUAUGAAGGUAGCAAUCGUGGUGGUGGUGGUGGUGGUGGUGGUCAACAACGUUCACAACGUUUUUAUAAAUUUGAUAGACAAGAAAACAAACAUGAAACAAGUGGUUUUGAACAAAAUGUUGCAACAUGGGAUAAUGUAACAGGACCUGAUAAUCAAACUUUUAGUGGUUAUCGUGGUCGCGGUCGAGGUGGACCACGACGUGGAAAUUUUGAAAGAGGUCGAGAUAGUGGCCGAGGUCGUGGUCGUUUUGGACGUGGACGUGGUAAUUUUAAUAAUCGAAAUUUUGAAGAAGGUUCACAAGAACAACAACAAACACAAGAUAGAAGUGAAAUGCAACAAACUAUCGAAUCAAGUUUUGAAAAUACACAUCCUCAAUCAACUAGAACAGUUGGUCAAGAAUUUGAUACAGAUGUAUCAGGACAAGAACUACGAAUAGAACCAGAAAAUGUACGACGCGGUGGUGGUCGUGGUUCUUAUCGUUCUCGAGUAUUUCGUCAUAAUCGUAAUUAUGCUGAUGAUCGUCAAAAUCAUUAUGAACGUGAAGGUGGUGAAGAAGGUGGUCGUGAUAAUUAUCGAUAUAAUCGUCGUCAACAUGAUCGUCAACCACGUUCAUAUGUUUCAAGUGUUAAACCUGUUGAGAAAAGAGAUGGCGAAGGUGCACAUAAUUGGGGUAAUCAAACUGAAAUUCCGGCAGAUGAUCAAAUAUUGAAUGAUAUACCUGAUACAACAGAUCAAACUGCAACAGCAGCAGCGGCAGCAGCAGCAUCAAAAGGUUGGGCACAACAAGUUGAUGAAGCUGAAAAACAAAUGACAUUGGAUGAAUAUAAAAAACAAUUAGAAGCUAAAAAACAGGCACAUCACGAAAAGGUUCCACAAUUUAAUAGACGUGCUCCAAAUGAAGGUGUAGAUCCAAAAGAAUGGCAAAAAUUUGAACAAAAAUAUCGAAAAAAGAAUGAUGAUGAAGAAUCAAAUGAUGAAGAAAAUGAAGAAGGAAGUGGUGAUGAAGAAAAUGAAAGUGAAGAAGAUAUUGAAGAAGAAAAUAUAAGUGGAAAGAAAAAAAUUAUUACAAUUCCACUUCGUUUUAAACCAAUUGAAUUUCCACGUGGUUCAAGAGGUGGACUACGUCGUGGUACUAGUCGUUAUCAAGAUCGACCAUAUAGAGAUGAUCAACGAAGAUCUAAGUCACCAAGUCAACAACAAUUACCAUCGUCUCAACAGACCGGUGAAUAUCAUAAUGAUGAACAACCAAGAUCAUAUCAUGGCGGUUCAAGACAAGGAUCUGGUCGUGGAGAAUUUCGUCGAAUAUUUAGAAAUUCUACACGCGGUGGUGGUGGUGGUCAUAAUCGAUUAAAUACAGAUUCAAAUACACCUGAUCUUGCAAAUGCCGCUGAUUUUCCUACUCUUCCAAAACAAUAA